AUGUACCUAUUUCUGCUCAAGAAACAGCACCGCCACUUGAAAGUGAUGUUGUCGAUUGGUGGUUGGACCUGGUCGAAAAAUUUCCCCGCUACUGCUAGCUCUGCUUCUACCCGAAAGACGUUUGCUCAGUCUGCUGUCGGUUUAAUGAAAGAUUGGGGAUUCGACGGUAUCGACAUCGACUGGGAGUAUCCUGAAGAUGCCACACAGGCUCAAGACAUGAUUUUCUUACUCCAGGCGGUCCGCGAUGAGCUCGACUCUUACGCUUCGCAACAUGCGAAAAACCACCACUUCUUGCUUUCUAUUGCGGCACCAACUGGAGCUAAGGAAUACAAGAAGCUGAAGCUCGCUGAACUUGGCCAGGUUCUCGAUUAUAUUAACCUGAUGGCGUACGAUUUUGCCGGAGCCUGGAGCAAUGCCACUGGUCAUGGCGCCAACUUGUACAACAACACCGAGAACCCCGCUGCGACACCGUUCAACACGAAGGACGCUGUUGAUGCGUAUAUCAAUGGAGGUGUUCCUGCCAAUAAGCUCGUGCUCGGCAUGCCCCUUUACGGCCGAUCUUUUCAGCAGACUGAAGGCAUCGGAAAGCCGUACACAGGUGUGGGAUCUGGUACUUGGGAAUAUGGCACCUGGGACUAUAGGGUUCUUCCCGAGCCUGGCGCUGAGAUCAUGUGCGACAAUACUGCUCAGGGCUGCUAUAGCUAUGAUGCACAAACCAAGGAGCUCAUCUCUUUUGACACUCCAGAUAUCGUCGCGGCCAAGGUUGAGUGGCUUAAAGAGAAAGGACUCGGCGGCAGCAUGUUUUGGGAGGCUUCCGGUGACAAGAACGGAUCUGAUUCCCUCAUCAACAAGAGCUUUGUAGGUCUCGGAAGCUUGGAAAGUACGCAUAACUUCCUCGAAUAUCCUAACUCUACCCGCCCAGUAUGCCGCAGUGUUACCAGUCCAGCCCCGUCCAGCCACGAGUCUCCAGACUCAGGAUACGGAUCUUUUGACGAAUGUAACUCUUCCAAAACUCCAUUCUUGAAGGCUCGCUUCGCAGCAGAAUUUGGCCUAGAUAGUCAACAGGUCUCACUAGUGCCUGGCAAUAACAGAAGUCGGCUCUCGAACGACCAACGACGGUACUCUUCACCCUCCACUUCAAAAACCAACGAAGAUUCAGCGAUAAACCAACUCAGCAAUAGCGACAACGUACCGACCGACCAAAUUCCCACAAAAUAUGCCAGGGCUAUUUCAUCACUCACACCCGACAGGUUUGUUCCAUUCCGGACGGUUCAAUCUACUCACGAACGUUACCGAACCACCAAGCCGCUGGCAUUACUUUCAGAUACCGAAAGGAUUUCCAGGCAGGACUUCGGCAGUCAUGAUCCUUUCUCGCCUCAGCCAAGACAAUCGUCUUCACUGAUAGCACGAUUCUGCCCACUUGAAGAGCCUCAGUACCAAUCUCGUUCAAGUCAUCAUGACUUCCGGCAUACUCAGCAAAGGCAAAACAGUACAGAAGCCGUGUGGAGCAUUCGAGAUCCCUCCUCUCACAUCAUGAUUUCCACAGCAAACGAGCAGCAGCGCUCUGCAAAUUUAGACACAUCCAAUGGUAACCAACAGCUCUCCAAGGAAUCUAGCUCCAAAGAGGACUUGUUCAAUUACCAAGAUCGCGUUGCGUUCGCUUUAAACAUUAACCAAGUCGGCAAAAUACUGGAGUUUUCCCCCCCGACAUCUCUUCGCUCUCCGCCAAUUGCGAUCAAAGUUAUGGAACCAUGCGAUCUUAGCAGAACAGUUCUCGAUGCUCCUUAUUUAAGGGACGACUUCUAUUGUUCUACGCUGGCUUACUCCCCAGUUUGCCAAACGCUCGCCGUGGGCCUGGGAAAUACUCUGUAUGCCUGGUCCGAGGAUGCUGGCGUUCAUAUGAUGCACGAUCGCCCGUCACAAGGUGUCUACCUUUCCUCUGUUGCUUUCUCUUCCGUGUACGGGAGAAAAUGUAUCCUAGCGGGGGGGAGAACUGAUGGGUCACUGGUGCUACAGUCGACCUCCGAUGCACUGCCACGCUUCGAAGUAAGACAACCUUUUAGAGUGAGCUGCCUGAGCUGGAGACCAGUGUGCACACUGAGGCCAUCAAAGAACCCUUUCAAUCCUGAAGUCCCCAUUCAGACGGAAGAUCUGCUAGUCGGAGACGAUACAGGAACAGUCUACUACUACAUCGUGGAAUGGCCAAUGAACUGGGAGGUCUCUCGAGAUAACUGGCCAGGCUCAAUGUACUUGGUCGCAAAGAUUGUCAUCCACAAUCAACAGGUGUGCGGCCUUUCCUGGUCUCCAACUGGUCGACUAUUUGCCUCUGGGGGCAACGACAAUAUUUGUUGCUUAUUUGACGUCGACGAUGUCUUGGGUGAAAACCAGGUCAGCAGAGUUUCUCAGGAUACAUCGCGGACCCCUUUGGUUCGCCACGGUCUACCUUUCCGCCUUCAACCAACGCAGACUCUACGUCGCAGUGCUUCUCCGAGUUUUAUUAGAACCAUUGUCGAGGAAGACGUCGAUAUCAGAAGAGUGCAGACUUCUGGGGACAGCCUGCGAACCCUUACCAACGGUUGCGAAAGACAUCGAAUUGCAGUUUUCAGCUGGCCCGACUGUAAACAAGUCGCGGCAAUACCAUGGGCUUUGGAGCUUCGAGCUUUAUAUGCAAUUCCCUAUCCAUGGCAGCAUGAUGGGUUGGGACAGUCCCGAUCUCCUCGGCCUUCUGGAGACGGUUGCAUUGUCAUUGCAGCAAGCGACCAAACACUGAAGUUUCAUGAAGUGUGGGAGGCAGGAAGCAAGAAAGCACUCGGCUUGCCAGGAUACUUCGGAAGCAGUGAUAUCCUAGAGAGUCUUGAGGGCAUCAACAAGGAAGGUGAAGUGAUUCGCUAA